UUCUGAAGAGUCGCCAUCCAGGAAGAAGAUAACAUUUUGGAGUCUCUCCUCGGGUAGAGAUCAUGUUUCUAGCCAGUUAUGUUUGCUGUAUUGCUUUCCUGCUAGGGACCAUAUGGUCAUCCUGCACAGGACAGAUACAAAAUGGAUCAUGUGUUGCCACGUAUCUCCGUCAGGCAGGUAUUUCCAGGACGAGCGCUGCCACAUACGAGUCAAACUUUGCACAGCGAAGCAUUCCUCCCCACGACAUAAAUUCCACCCAGACGUCGUUUUUGCCGUUGUUCGGAGUCAGCGAUGUAGCGGAUGUUGUCAAGCUGGCUGCCUGCUUUGCUGGGCAAGCUCCGUCCUGUGCGUCCUUCCAGUAUUGUAGUGGAGAAGGCCAGUGUGUGCUGCUGACCUCUGGUGGCAAUCCACAGACCUACGAAUGUCGUUGCCAUGCUGGUUACAGCGGAAGGGAGUGCGAAACGGACGCAUGCAGCAACGUCGACGGUAGCAGCACCUGUCAGAAUGGAGGUGUGUGUGUCCGACAGUCCACUGCACCCUAUUUCAGGUGCCAGUGUUCCGAGAACUUUGAAGGAGCACAGUGCUUGCAGGCAGUUGACCGCUGUGGUCCACAAAACCCGUGUGCACAUGGUGGCAGGUGCACUAGCCUGCGCAAUGGAUUUAAGUGCGAUUGUCCAAGAGGGUACGUGGGAAAAACCUGUCAAGAGCAUUUACUCACAAGCAAGGAACUGGAUUUACGCUUGGCAAAGCUGGACUCGCGCUUGGCCCUGCAGGAUAGAACCUUUCUCAGCCACAUAGAAAGCCUGAAGACUCAACUUCUUGCCAAUGUUCGCCAACGCACUUUCGCGCCGGGCCUCAGACUCUUCAGAGGUGGUUACACUUGGUAUGAAGCAAGGUACAGAUGCAGGGUACUCGGUGGCAUUCUAGCCGUGCCCAGAAGCAAUCAUGAAAUGCAGAUUGUUAUCCAGCUACGCCGUAGAAAAAGGUGCUGGGGUAGGAUAUGGAUUGGUGUGACCGACGUGGAGACUGAAGGCCGGUGGAAAGAUGUUGAAGGCAGGGCUAUUAGAUACACAAGGUGGUAUCCUGGUGAACCAAGGAAUGAUUCCGGUGCAGAAGAUUGUGUGACUAUAAUUAAUGCGAAUGGACAGUGGGAUGAUAUACCUUGCACACGGUCUAAUUCCGGAGGCUUUCUUUGUCGCUUCAUGUGAUGCGAGGUUCCCUCAAAGCUUCAAGGAGCUUCACAGAAAGUCUUCAGUAUGCUUGGCUCGUAGCACGUAUUUGCACCAUGCAGGCCAUUUGUUGGAGAGUUAUGCACGGCUGAGUUUCCAUGAUUUCCAUAAGUAGGUGUGUUUUGUUCGUAUCCACUUCCACUUCCACAUGCCCAUCGCAUGUUAGCAAACAAACUUGUGCUGGGAUUACGCCAUUCGUAUCCAGUAGUUGUUUCAAUUUCACUCUACGCACUGAUCAGGGAGGCACCGUAAUUGCCGGGUUAACCUGUGCGUGCAAUAAUGAAUUUUGAUGUUCCUUUUGUUGUGAAUUAUUCUGUUAUGUUAAAGUCAUCAAGGUGGUAGCAGUGGCUUGCCGGCACUAUACGUGCUAUAAAAGUACAUGUAAUAAUAUAACUCCAUUAUUUGAUGCAUUUGUGCUAUCUAUUUUGACCUACAACUGUGGCGUGUGGGUGCUUUCAUCCCGGGAUGCUACAGCAAUGGAUGCGUUCCACAGAAAGCAGCUCCGCCGUCUAUUAGGGAUAUCUUACCCGGAAAUUAUCUCCAACACAGACCUAUAUACCCGCUGCAAUGCCGAGCCAAUAUCCGUACUAAGCAGAAGAGCACGGUGGAAACUGUUUGGUCAUAUUUUACGCCUCCCUGAAGCAACUCCAGCGCAGGUGAGCAUGACAGCGUAUUUCCAGCGACAGAAUCGGGGCUGGCUCGGACGCCCGCGCAUCACCCUACCAGUGGUGAUAGACAACGAAUUAGCCAAGGCAACGUCCAUGCGUCUCCGGAGUCUGAAGGACCUGGAGACACUGCGUUUGGUGGCUCGGAACAGGCAAUCAUUCAACGAUAUAAUCGCACAGGUCACAUUGUAGAGUGCAGAUCACCUAGUGCUUUCAACAAUAAUAACGUACUUCCACAUUAUGGGAAUUUGGUAUAACCCCACACCCGUCAUUGUUGAAUAUUCGAUAAUAGCGUGGAUUUCCCCAACAAUAUAUUUUCAUUUUUUGUUUUCCUCUCCCAUGCCGUUGUACAUAAGCGGCUUUCCGCGGAUAUGUCAAUACUACUACUACUACUAUUAUUUGUA